CAUUGUCAGUCAAAUGUAGUGACGUCAUAUAAUAUUACAUCGUCCAGCUCUGCUUCCCACAUGUUCGAUGAAAUGCCCCAAAAGACUUUUAAAUUUACUAAACUCCAGAAUUGGCUUCUUCUUUCACAUAUCCAAUUUUUGUUAUAAUUGAGCUUUCGGUCAUAACAAAAACAAGAACAAGAUUCAAUCAAAUUCUCUCGAUGGAAAGUGAUCGAGCGCGGAAGGAGGAGAUCGAGAAGUUCGACAGAACAAAAGUCGGAGUCAAAGGUCUCGUGGAUUCGGGGAUAACAAAACUGCCCCGUCUUUUCCAGACAUCCGAGAGUGUCUCCGAAGACAAUGAUAGCUCAAAUGUUCAAAUCCCUGUAAUAGAUUUUCAGGGAGUUGACCUUGGUGGAUCGCGGCGAUUGGAGAUCGUUGAUGAGAUCCGUCGGGCAUCGGAGAAUUGGGGAUUUUUUCAAAUAGUCAACCAUGGCAUCCCCGGUGCUGUAAUGGAUGCCAUCCUCGAAAGUACGAGGAGGUUCCACGAGCAGCCUAAGGAAGCCAAGAUGGACCUCUAUUCAUCGGAUGUCAAGCGUGUCAUUAGAUUCUACUCGAUGAACAGGAAUCACGAGAGAUUGUAUGUCCUCGGCUGGAGGGAUUGUUUCGCUUGCGUAUUUUCGGAUGGCGUUGUCAACCCUGAGGUUAUACCUCAUGUUUGUAGGGACGGAAUCGUAGAGUACGUGAAACAUAUGAAAGAUAUAGGUGAGACGCUUUCGGGGCUCCUCUCAGAGGCAUUAGGAUUACGACAAGAUACGUUGUCACAGAUGCAAUACAUGAAUAGCCUAUACAUUUCUUGUCUCUACUACCCGGCUUGUCCAGAGCCCGACAAGACCUUUGGUGCAACAAAGCACACCGACCCCACGACUCUCACCAUUUUAGUCCAAGAUGCCACCGGUGGGCUCCAAAUACACCAUGAAGGGCGGUGGACGGACGUGCCGCCAAUCCCGGGAGCCCUGAUUGUGAAUGUCGGAGAUUUUCUGCAGCUGAUCACAAAUGACAAGUUUAAGAGCGUGGAACAUCGGGUGUUGGCUAGGGCGGAAGGCACCCGCCUUUCCGCUGGCUGCUUCUUCUACCCAAGCAGCGAGCAGAUUGCGGGCCGGGAACACGGGCCCAUCGGCGAGCUUGUGUUGGAUGACAGCCCGCCGGUGUACCGAGCGGUGGAUUACAUUGAGUUUACGACAAAUUAUCAUAAAUUUGCUCGAACCGAACAUUCGCCCCUUUCCAAUCUCAGGCUUUGAGUUGUCUUGGAUGAUAGAGCAUUCAUGGUUUCUUUGAAUAAACAUCGAGAUGAGGCCCUUCUAAUUAUUUGAGUUGAGUUUUGAUUUUUCUUUAUGUAGUAUUUGUAUAAUUUUUAAAAUUUAAGUAAUUGAUAACUCUUAUAAAGUUAAUAA